GAGAAGAUUGGAACUCAAAUAGCUUUCUUAUUGUCUUUCGUUUAUUGCGAGUUACCUAGUUUCUUUGAGCGUUUAUUCUAUUCUUUCAAGCAAUUGUCGAUUUCAUUCAAGUUACGUUCAAUUUUUCAAGCUUUGGGAAAAAUCUACGUAACAAUUGGUAUCAGACCCUGGUUACGACAACGGGUGUGAGAGAUGGGCAAAACAAGGGCCACGAGCACUUUGGAAGAGGAUGAUCCUGAUUCCGCCAGUACACGGUUGCAAGCUUUGGAGGAAAAGGUCAAUGGACUAGAGGAAGGAUUCGACCAGAUGGUGGAACGGGUAGGAGCUCUUGAUCGAAAGAUUGACGAAUCCAUCAAAUCGACGGUUGAUAUCGCAACGGAGACAAGGGCGACCAUGGAAGCCUCGAUUGAUGCAAGGUUCGCCAAACUAAAGAACUUCAUCCGGGAGAUGGUUAAGCCUCCGAUUGCCGGCGGGGAAGCCCCUCCCAUGGCGGUUACCACCGUCCACGGCUCCCCAACAUAGGCGGCACGCCUCGCGAAUGAACGACAGCUAAAACA